UAGAUUCAGGUGCAUCUGUGUCACCUCUAUCCACACCAUCCAUAAUUGGUGGAAGUUUCCUGUCUGUGUCCAGCGGUAGCAGUGACUGUGAAGCCAGACCAGUCAAGCGAAAGAGAAGUGAUGAAGAGGCAUCCCAAAGUUCUUCAGCCAGAGAUAGAAUCCCUCAGCGAACCACUAAAGAGAAAUACACACUGGGAAUUGUUACCUUGUUCCCUGCAUUGAAAGAUCCCCUCUCCAGGAAGGGAUAUUCAUGCUGGAGCCUUGAACAACACUUGGAGAGCCAGGAGGCAACUUGCCAGCCAUACCUUCUUGCCGCUGGAACCAGCAAGCAGUCCAUCAACACUUACUACGUUGUGAUCGACAAGAAAGUUGGUUGAAAGUCUAAUUUCUUAGACUAUAAGAAUUGUGUUGUCAAGAGACAAGCUCCUAAAAAUAUGUAUAGGUUUCAUAUUUGUAGGUCCAUGCACAAUGCACCCAGUGCAUUAAUUCAGCACCUCAAGUUUUUUCAUGGGUUAUAUCCAGACAAGAAAUUUGUUGUUAUUUGUGCCCAAGAAGGAUGUUCAUUGCAGCUUAACAGUUAUGCAGGUUUUAGAAAGCACUUAAAUGGCUCUCAUAGUUCUUUUAACACAAGUAAUGAUUUACAAACACCACAUCAGUCAGAUUUAGAUGAACAGAGCUCAAUAGAAGAUGCAUUUGGCAUGAUUCCAGAUAUAACUAAUCAACCAUCAACACUCAUCCCUGAUGAAUAUCCAUCUUAUUUCUUUGUUUCAUUCCCAAGAUGCAAAAAAGUAUGGAGUUGACAAAAUUCUUACUCCAUUUAUAGAAGAUGUAAAGAUACUAGAAAAUAGUGGAAUGAAAGUGUCAUUUGCUGAUCAACCGAUCUAUGGCACCAUAGCACAAGUAACAGGUGACAAUUUAGGUCUGAACUCAGUUCUUGGUUAUGUGGAGUCAUUCAGUGCCAACCAUUACUGCAGAAUGUGUCUUAUUGAUAAAGCCUCCGCUCAAACAGCCUUUAGUGAAAGUGAUCCACGUGUGAUGUUACAGACCAGAUCAACCAAUGAGGAGCAUUUUAGUCAUCUUGUUGAGAAUCCAAGAGAAAAAUCUUGUUUUGGAAUUAAACGCAACAGUGUUCUCAAUUCCUUGUCAUACUUCAAGGUAUCAGAUAACUUUGUGUUUGAUAUUAUGCAUGAUAUCUUAGAAGGUGUAGGACAAUAUGAGAUUAAGUUAUUGUUUGAAUAUUUGAAGCAGAACUUCAUUUCUUUUGAAAACAUACUCCAGCGUGUAUAUGCAUUCAACUAUGGAUUCAUGGAUAAAAAAAAUCGACCAACAGGCGUAAACAUCUUCUCUACUGGCAAUGGUAUUGGGCUUAAUGCCAGUCAAACAUUGUGCCUUAUUCAGAACCUCCCACUCAUCUUUGGAGAUAUUGUACCAGAAGGUGACCGACACUGGCAUUUGUUGUUACUGUUGUUGCAUAUUGUGAACAUAGUGUUUUCACCUUGUAUUACAGAGGGAAUGACUGUGUUUUUGAAACAUCUAAUUGAAGAGCACCACAGAUUAUUUACAGUUUUGUAUCCUCAGAAUAAUUUAAUCCCAAAACAUCACUUCAUGAUCCAUUAUCCUGAAUGUAUGUGCCAAAUUGGUCCAUUAGUACACGUUUGGAGUAUGAGGUAUGAAGCAAAACAAAUUCUUUAAAUCCAGCUUAAAAUAUAUCAGGGAACAUAACUAAGACACUUGCCAAGAAACAACAAAUAGCUGUUGCUUAUCACUGGGAAUCACUUUCUGCUAAAGGUAUUGAAUCUGGCCCUGUGUCAUCUAAAAUACUGACUGAUGUUGAACAUGGUGAUGUGAUUGCAGAUUAUUUUCAGAUUGAUAUUUCAAGUGAAAAAGUGUUACAACUUGGGAGUUUCAUUCUGGUCUUGUUGUUCACAGAUUUUGUCAAUGAGAUGCCAGUGAUAAAUAAGAUUCUUUGCAUCUGUCUUAAAGGUGACAUUUAUUUUUUAUUAUCUGAAAUGGAGACUGAAAUUGUAGAACAUUUCCAUGCCUUUCAUGUUGUUGACAUGGUGCAUAAUGUUUCAGUCGUCAGACCUGAUGACUUGAGAUACUUCAAACCCUUUGAUAUCCAAAUGCCUUAUGGUAUAACUUUUACGUUGUGCCAGACAGUUGCAUUAUUUAAGUUAAUGGAAAAUAAAUAUUUUUGAUGCAGUCA